GACUAUGGAGUUAAAUUGUUUUUGUAUCGUACACAAUACCUAGUUGAUGUUGUCAACGAAAAGGUGGGUCGGGUUUUGAAACUUGACUCGAUCCAAAAUGGCAAUGCCUGGAGAGGAAUGGACAUGCUGAUUUUCAACACGUGGCAUUGGUGGACCCACAAUGGAAGAAGCAAACCAUGGGAUUACAUGCAAGAAGGGGCCACAUUGCAUAAAGAUAUGAACCGCUUGAUUGCUUACUAUAAAGGGUUGACUACGUGGGCCAGAUGGGUUAACAUAAACGUUGAUCCUUCCAAAACCAAAGUCUUCUUCCAAGGAAUUUCUCCCACUCAUUACGAAGGCGGGGACUGGAAUGAACCAUCAAAAUCAUGCACUAGAGAGAGACAACCAUUCUUCGGUUCAAGGUACCCCGCAGGCACACCUUUGGCUGCCAUUGUCGUCAACAAAGUGUUGAGCAGGAUCAAAAAGCCAGUGUAUUUACUCGACAUAACAACGCUCUCACAAUAUCGAAAGGAUGCACACCCCACUUAUUACAGUGGUGAUCAUCCCGGCUUGGACUGCAGCCACUGGUGUCUCCCCGGAUUACCCGAUACUUGGAACCAGCUCCUCUAUGCAGCUCUCAUUAGUUGA